AUAUAUAGAUUAUAGACUAAACAAUUAGGGAGUAAACAAAAUACACAUUGUUCCUUUUAAAAGCAUCCAAAACCUCGGAAACAAAAACCAGAGCUGUUUGGGUUAGGGUUUCCAAUCUCGAGUCAGCAUGCCGAAGAACAAGGGAAAGGGAGGUAAGAAUAGGAAGAGAGGGAAGAACGAAGCCGAUGAUGAGAAGAGAGAGCUCGUCUUCAAGGAGGACGGCCAGGAGUACGCUCAGGUCCUCCGCAUGCUCGGCAACGGCCGCUGUGAGGCCAUGUGCAUCGACGGCACCAAGCGUCUCUGCCACAUCCGCGGCAAGAUGCACAAGAAGGUCUGGAUCGCCGCCGGCGACAUCAUCCUCGUCGGCCUCCGUGACUAUCAGGAUGAUAAGGCCGAUGUAAUUCUGAAAUAUAUGCCGGACGAGGCCAGAUUGUUGAAGGCUUAUGGAGAGUUGCCUGAGAACACUAGGCUCAAUGAGGGUAUUGCUGGUGGGUUGGAUGAAGAGGAUGAGGGCGCGGCUGAUGAUUACCUGGAGUUUGAGGACGAGGACAUUGAUAAGAUUUAAAAAGCUGAAAACUCUCUCAAGUAUUUUUAUUUGUAUUUGAGUUAUAUUUCUGUGGAGUUUGGUUUCAAUAUACAUAGAACUGGGAUAUUUAAUUUGUAAUGUUUUAAAUGAUAUAUGACGCCUUGUGCAUUGAAUUUCAAGUA